UACUUUCCUGGAAGUUUCCAAGCUGGAGAGAGAGAGAGAGACCCGUUUCUCACUAAAAUUCCGAAAAACUGACUAUAUUGUCACCUUUUCCCCAAAAUUUAUUCACCAGAUCGAACAAUCUUCACUUCUAUCUUCACCUCUGUCUAUUGGGAUUCAAAAAAUUCAGCCAUCUCUCCACAUAUGAUGAUAGAUACGAGGCGGAACUCUUGAAUCGGUUUUAUAAACAUUGGGAACGAACUCCUUAAUCUUUUGUGUGGAUCUAAAAAAAAAAACAUUGUGUUGUGUACAUAAAUAUGGAUGCCUCGCGAGCAGAAGCAUGUUCUUCCUCUUCCAUACACAUCUCACCACAAUGGGUAUACGACGUCUUUGUGAGUUUCAAAGGCGCCGAUACUCGUAAAACGUUUACCAGCCAUCUGUUUGCUGCUUUAGUGAACAAUGGUUUUCGCACAUUUAGGGACGACAAAGAGCUCGAAAGAGGAGAAUUUAUUAGCGAUGGACUACUGAAAGCAAUUGAGGGUUCCAGAAUUUCUUUAAUAGUGUUCUCAAAAGACUAUGCUGGGUCGAGGUGGUGCCUUGAUGAACUUGUGAAGAUCAUGGAUUGCAGGGAGACUUUCAAACAGAUUGUUCUGCCCAUCUUUUAUGAUGUUGUUCCAUCCGACGUGCGGAAGCAGACGGGGGUUCUUCAAGAUGCAUUUGCCAACCACAAAAAGCGUCUUAGAGAGGAACCAGAUGGCAAGGUGGAAAAGUGGAGGGCAGCUCUUACUAAAGCUGCCGAAUUGUCAGGUCGGCACUUGCUCGAUGAGGCCAACAGAGAUGAAGCUGAGUUAAUUAAGAUGAUCAUUAAAGAUGUUAGAGAAAAAGUAAAUCCAACACAUCUAUAUGUUCCAGACCGCCAAGUUGGACUAGACCGUCGUGUUGCAGAGCUCAAUGUGUUGCUGAACAUGGAAUUCAACUUUGUUCGCAUUGUUGGCAUAUGGGGCAUGGGUGGAAUUGGCAAGACUACAAUUGCAAAAAGGCUGUAUAAUAUCAUCCAACACAAGUUUGAACGUAGCGGUUUUCUUGCAGAUAUCAGAGAAACUUCGCAGCAGCCGAAUGGUCUGGUUGAGUUACAAAAGAAACUUAUUUUGGCUUUAUUAAAAAGAAGUCAUGAAGUAAGUAAUUCUCAUGAAGGCAUCGAGGUUAUAAAGAAGAUAGCUUUCGAUUUCGGUCGAAAAAAGGUUCUUCUUGUUCUAGAUGAUGUGGAUAAUGUCCAACAAUUGAAGGCACUAGCCAUAGAUAGAGAUUCCUUGGCUCCUGGAAGCAGAAUCAUCAUAACAACAAGAGAUAAGUCUUUGCUAAACAUCCUUGAAUUGGGUGAGAAAGAGAUAUAUAGGCCAGAGAAAUUGGACAAGAACGAAUCGCUUGAGCUCUUCAGUUGGCAUGCCUUUAAGGAAGAUCAUCCUUCAGAAGACCAUUUGGACCUUUCACGCCAAAUUGUGCAUUAUGCUGGAGGGCUUCCAUUAGCUCUUGAAGUUUUGGGUUCCUAUUUCCGUGGAGGGAGCAUACCUCAAUGGGAAAGGGCAAUAGCAAAAUUAAGAAAAAUUCCUCCUGAUGAUGUUCUUGGAAAACUUAAGAUAAGUUAUGAUUCGCUUAGCGAGCAACUAAAGAUGUUGUUCCUAGAUAUGGCAUGUUUUUUUGUUGGAAUAGGUCGAGAUUUUACUGUAAAAAUAUUGGAAGGCCACUACCGCUACGAUAUUUUUGUAGACGAUGAGAUUCGAAAACUAGCCAACCGGUGUCUCAUAAAAUACGACUGUCAUGACCAAAUUGUGAUGCACGAUAUGAUAAGAGCCAUGGGCAGAGAAAUCGUCAGGCAAGAAUCUCUUGAUCCUGGGAAGCGUAGCCGAUUGUGGCAUCUUGGCGAUGUCCUUGAAGUUUUGAGAGAUGGCACAGGAACUGAAGCAGUAAAUGGCCUCAUCCUAAACGCUACAGAUGUCCUUGAGGUUCGGAGAGAUGGCAUGGGAACUGAAGUAAUUGAAGGCCACCUUCCAAACUUUAUUGAUCCAAAAGAUGUCCAAGUGAAUGCUAAGGCAUUUGAAAGGAUGAACGACUUGUGGCUGCUUCAUCUCGAUUAUGUUCAUCUAACUACUGGUUAUGAACAUAUUUCUAGAAGGCUAUUAUGGCUAAGCUGGAAAGGCUUCUCUUUGAAAUGUAUACCGUGGAAUUUUUCUAUGGAGAAGCUAGUUGCUCUCGAUUUGCGUUAUAGCAGCCUGAAACUUGUUUGGAAUAGAAAAAUGAUUCUAGACAAACUGAAGUUCCUUUACCUCAGUCACUGCCAUUACCUAACGAAAACCCCUGACUUCUCUGGACUCUCCUCUCUUAAGGAGUUGUUGCUUAAUGAUUGCAAAAGUUUGGUGGAGGUUGACAAGUCUAUUAGAUGUCUGGACAAACUUCUUGUCCUGGACAUGAAAAACUGUACAGAACUUCGGAUGCUUCCCCCUGGCAUUUUGAUGUUGAAAUCUCUCGAACGUCUUGAUCUCUCUGGCUGCUCCAACCUAGGAAACUUAGCGGUAUUUAAAGGACCGCUAUAUAAAUUAUGGUGCUCGUUCUUCUCGUCCUUGACGUUGCCACCAAAGUGUGGGGAUUCUAUUGGGUUUUCACUCAUCCCUGUUCAGGCCUCCAGUUGCUUAAAGAAAUUAAAUCUGAAAGACUGCCAAUUGUCAUAUCUACCAAAUGAAAUAGGGAAUCUAAUCUCAUUACAGACUCUGAAACUUGCCGGAAACAAUUUGAGUACCUUGCCGGAUACCAUUGGUAAGCUGUCUUGCUUGAAGGAUUUGUCAGUGGACAAUAACAAGCUCUCACAUCUUCCUAGUGAAAUUGGGGAUUUGGACUCUUUGGAGACUUUGGAUCUUUGGGGUAAUAAAGGUUUAAAUGCCUUGCCGGAAAGUAUAUGUAAACUUGUUCGCUUGCAGUCAUUGAAUUUGCAUGCCUGCAACAACUUGUCUCAUCUGCCCAGUGAAAUUGAUGGGUUGAUCUCAUUGAAUCAUUUGGAUUUAGGUGGCUGCAACCUAUCCCAUCUUCCUAGUGGAAUUGGUGGGUUGACCUCGCUAGAGUAUUUGUUUAUUUCGGGAAGUAAUAUCUGCACCAUACCAGAUAGUAUCAGUAGCCUUCAUCGCUUGCGUUCCUUAUGGUUGAAUAAUUGUGCAAAGCUCCGAUCUCUUUCAAAGCUUCCAACACGUACUUAUGUGCGUGCACAGCGGUGCCCAUCAUUAGAAAGCCUACCACUUGAAUUAAAUCAGCUGGGGCGGCGCGUGAAAUAUUCGAAUUCCAAAAAAUUAGCUGAGAACAGUUAUUUAACUAGUCCCUUGAAACAACUCCCCUGGAGUAAGGGGCCCUCUGAACUUCCGCAUGCUGUUAAUAUUCUUGUUCCAGUAGCAGGGGAUGAGGAAGUUUGUAUUUUGUUCCCGUACCAUGAUGGUAGAGGCCCAAAUGUAUCUUUUGUGGUGCCGCGUUCUCCUUCUCCUUUUGUGAACCAGAAAAUUGUGGGUUGGAUUCUAUGCCUAUUAGUCGGGCGUCCCGGUGGAUUACGUAUUCAAGACGUGAUCUUCAAUAAAAUCGAAAAGAGAGGAUUAUUCGAUUUUGUAGUCAUGCAUCGCACCGAGGUAGAUCUUGUGUGGCUUCUGUAUAUACCACAGGGUUACGCAAGAUUGCGAUUAAAAGGCGGUGAUGAAGUGGAGAUCCCAAUAAUUGCAUAUCAUAAUGCAGUGGUAAAGAACUGGGCGAUAAAUGUCAUUUACGAGGGUGAUGAUGAGUUUCACAAGGGCAACGACACCUUGUACCAAGUAGGGGGGCCAAUUUAGGAGUACUUAUUGGUAACAAAUUCAACUUUGACAAAUAUACUCUUCUGCUACACAUGCAUGUUAGAUUUGGACAGUUAAGUACCAGUUGAGUACUUUGUAAUUUUAAUGUUGAAGUCAACAAAAUGAAAGGCUAGACUGUUAAAUAAGAUCAUGGUGACUCUCAUCUUUAGGGCUGUAAAUGAUGAGCCGAGCGACUUGCGAGCAGCUCAAAAACUCAUCUUACAUCAGAUGUAAGCGACAUGAAUGAUUGUUAUAAACUUAUACGUAAGAAGACCGUAUAUCAUUGGAAAUGCACACCAGGUGAACGGAAA